GGAAUAAACACACAAGAGAACAUACAACAGUUAGCGCUAAACCUGCUGUAACUCCCCGCACUUACAUAUUGUUGCUACGGGGCUGAAAGUAGUGCGAGUUUGUGUAAUUGUAGGAAACACCACCAGGAAUCCCCUCCCAACUGUUUGCGGUCCAGAGGCAACUUGGCUCCUGCUGUAAAGAAAAGGUGGGCGGGGCCAGUGACAGCGCCCGCCCAGACAACUCUUUACUCCAAAGCCAGCCGCAGCAAAAUGGCGGCGCGGGGUACCGGGCUUCUCUUGAUGUCUUCUGGGCAAGAUGAUGGCAACCCGGAACCCGAUACUGCAGCCUUCCACGACUCGCAGGAGUACGGCCUUAAGCAGCCUGCGUGUAGUGAGGGGACAGCCGCAACUCUACCUGCGCUGGACGAGACAGAGAAAACCCAGAGAUUAGAGACAAACCGGUGGGAGCUUAGGAACCGCAGGAAGAUUCUCAUGAGGAACCUGCCGCAGGACUGCACCAGUCAGGAAAUCCAUGACUUACUAAAAGGGUAUGAAAUUAAAUACUGCUACGUGGACAAAAAUAAAAAAACAGCCUUCAUCACUUUAUUAAAUGGAGAGCAAGCACAAGAUGUCAUUCAGAAGUUCCAUCAGCACACACUCCGAGACAGAGACAUUUCAGUUCAGCUUCAGCCUACGGAUGCUGUACUCUGUGUUACCAAUUUGCCCCCAUUAUUUACAUUGCACGACUUUGAAGAUUUGGUGAGAGCUUAUGGCAAUACCGAGAGAUGCCUAUUGGUCUAUAGUGAACUUACGGGUCAUUCCAAGGGAUAUGGCUUUGUGGAGUACAUGAAAAAAGAUUCUGCCUCUAAAGCUAGGCUGGAAUUAAUUGGAAAGUCAUUGGCAGAAUUUACCCUUUUUGCACAGUGGAUGGAUAGCAAUCAGCUGACCAUGGAACUUGUUCAUUCAAAGUGCCUGUGUGUUAAUAAGCUUCCCAAGGGCUACAAUGAUUCUGAUGAACUAACACAGCUGUUCUCUGCUUUAUACAAGCCAUUGUUCUGCCAGUUGGCUGAAGAUGAAGGUGGUUGUUUUGUAGGUUUUGCAGUGAUUGAGUAUGAAACAGCUGAGCAGGCUGAGGAGGUAAGGAAUUCAAUCGAUGGCACCACUGUGAAAGGAAGCAAAAUCCAGCUGUCCUUCUGUGCUCCAGGCUCUCCAGGGAGAAGCACUUUAGCAGCACUUGUAGCAGCACAAGGAAUGCUGCAUAAUAAUAGGAAGGGAUUACUUCCAGAACCAAACCCGGUACAAAUCAUGCAAAGUUUCAGUAAUCCAGCAAUGUUACAAAUGCUAUUGCAACCCCAACAAAGAGGAAGAUCAGGAAAGCAUGGUUCAACAUCAGGACGGCCCCACUUUGUGAAUCCAACAGUGAGCCAAGCUUUACUGCAGAUCAACAAACUGCACCAGACACAAGGUAUAGGAGGUAAUUCCCUGCUUCAAAACUAUUCCCAUCUACAAAUGGCACAGAAGCAACUUCUGCAGCUAAAAAGUGCUCAAUCCAAUAAUUGUAAACCAGGCCUUCUUGGAGAAGCUCCAGCCUCCGUGUUACAGACAGCAAUGGGCCCAUCACAGCCAGGAUCAGUGGAGGCUUCACAACGAGAUGUGCACAAAAGCAUACUGCCAUUCUACCACAGUCCGCACAUGAGCUCCGUACUGUCCCGUAUGACACAGGAGAAGCCGUCAACAUCAGUAGCUUUGCUUGAAGGAUCAGGAUCUCAGAAUUAUUUACAGCAGUCUGGAUCAGUGCUUGCAGGGCACAAUCAGCCACAAAGCCAGUCUGUUAGCAACGAGUCACCACUCUUGAAUAAGUCCAGUAAUCAGACCUCACUUCUGGGCGAGCCUCCAAGAGAUAUAAGGCUCAGUACAAAUCCAUAUCUAAAUCUGGCAAGUGUGUUGGCUGGUUCCACAAUAGCAGGCAUGGGCUUAAGGAACAUUCAGCAACAUAAUAUGAAUAGUUCAACCUCUCAGGAACCUGCAUCGCAGCCUGGGCUGGAAAGUUAUCUUGGCUACAGUCAGCAAUAUGGAGAUUAUUCACAGGAAGCCCUGCAGCAGUGGUACGAUCAAUAUUCUGCUUACAGCAGCACUCAAGUGGAGCAGUCCCACAGUGAAGAGCAAGCUGUCAAAUUAGAUUUUCAUUUAUUUUCCAAGGAGCAGCAAAACUCAUAUACUGCAGGAGGUGAAGGAGAGAAUUACUAUUAUCAGCCCUCUUCCGGUUUGGCUUAUGGAAAUUACAGUGCUUAUGUUCAAGCACCACCAACGUACUACUCCAAUGCCCAGAUGACUUACCAGGCAGAGAGCACAGUGCCAACAAAUAAGGCAUCAACAAAAGAAAAGAGAGCAUAUAUUUUACCAGCGACAGAAGCCAGUCCGGCAGGAUACGUGAAUCAGUACUCGGAAGGCUCGGCAGAGCACUAUGGAGAUUCCUACUUUAAAAGGAAGAAAGUUUAUUAACUGUAUGAACGAUAUAAGUCACUUCUGCUUCCAUCACCAUAUACCCAAAGAUGCACAAUGCAGUUCAUCUUCUUCUUCUAAGCCUUUUAGCAGGGCACUAAAGGGUUACAUUUGACUUCUCAGGCUGAAUUGUUAAUAUAAAUGGUAAAAAUCUUAAGAUUUGUAGAUAUUUUCUACAUCUGAAUAUGUCUUGGUAAAUAACAGAUUUGAUAAUAUAAUAAUAUUGCUAUUGCCUGCAAAAAAAUCAUUUGUAAAUAUGAAGCAAUAAAGUGAAUAGUACAGUUUUACUUUUCCAAGUGACUCCAAAUGGCCUGGGUUUACCUACAAACUGAAUGCAGGGAAUAUGGACACUUCUGUGUUACCCACAAGAGCCGACUGUGUGUUUUUACCUUCCAAAUGUGAAUGUGUGUGUCUCCAAUGGCAUGCUUUUUCCAAAAACUUCCUGAACUCCUAUAGUUUUGAAGCAAUAAAAACAAAUGAAAAACUUGUUCAUAUCUGCAUUGUACUGUACAGUAUAAUACCUAAAACGAAAAGUUUUUUAAAUAAAGUUGAACUUCCCCUUAAA